GCUUAUUGCUUAACCGGAGUUUUGAUUCAGUAACCUCAGGAACUCUCAAUGGCGUCAACGGGAAAGCAGAAAGAAGUGAAAAUGAUUUCAGAACUGUCCAACCAAGUACUUCUCCAGUAUGAAAGCCUCCAAAGAGAAUACGAAAAAAUCAAGAAUGAGUGUAAAAAAAUGCAAGAGGAGAGAGAUGAGGCCUUACAGAAGCUGAAAGAAUUUGAACAAGUGUCACACAGGGUGAUCGAGGAGGUGAACAACAUUCAGGAGAAUCUAGAGAUCGAGAAGACAUGCAGAGAAAGUGUAGAAGCUUUGGCCUCAAAGUUGAACAGACAGAACCGUUCUCUGAAGAGGAAGAGUAUGCUCUAUAUGUCCCACCUUGGUGCCGAUGUCGUCGCUGAGAUCAGUCUGGAUGAUGAUGAUGAAGAUCCACAGGAGGAGGAGUCAGGUGUCUGUAGCUCCUCCCACUGUCAGAUUGUGAUUGCAGAGCUGAGGGAUAAACUAGAGGUGAUCCUGGCUGAGAAGAAGCAGAUUACGAUCGAUCUGGAGAUGACAAGAGAGCAGCUCUGCCAAACUAGACGGGAACUCCUGAAAGAGAAACAUGAUAAUACUGUUUUAAUAGCUGAAACAUUCCAACAAAAGAAGCUCUUGGGAAAAUACAACAGAGUUUCUCAGUAUGCUCUAGAUGAGUUUGAGGCCUUGCGGGAGGAUCUAAAGCUUGAGAGGGACCUGCGUUCUGAAGCAGAGAAGUUUGCACAUGAGGUGCUAGUAGAGCAGAAGAAGCUGAAAAGACAAAGCCAGAUGUUGAUCCAGAGUGUGUCUCCAACAGAAGCUCUGCAGAAAGCUCUGGCAGAGAUCAACACACUGACUCACACUUUAGAGACACAGAAACUGGAGCAUCAACAGCAGGUGAAGGAUCUUGAAGAGCAGAUACACAGCAGUGAAUUAAAGAAGCAGCUAACAGCAUUACAGAGACAGACUGAACUGCUGGAGGAGGAGAGAAAAGAGUGGCAGCACAAACACACGAACGCUGAAACCGAGGCCAAAGACCUCAGAUUCACAGUGGAGGAACUGAAAAAGAAGCUCCAGCAGGUCUCUAAUCCACCACCAGCUGCCCCAGGACCCCCUCCUCCACCCCCGCCCCCACCUCCACUUCCUGCCCCCUCAAGCAACCCACUCAGCUCAUUACUGUCUAUACUUCGUAAGAAAAAAGAUGUGAGCACUGAAAUUGCAUUAGUGGAGAAGGACUCCUCUGAGAAAACCCCAGAAAAGGACAUCAGACAUCAAGCUGUGGAUGAAAUGAUGCAGCGAAUCAAAAAAGGAGUUCAACUCCGACGUGUUUCCCAGAGAACCAACAGAGCCAGACCAGGACCGAAAGAAGGGACACAUCUUGCCAUACAGGAACUUCAGGGAAUCCUGAACUCAGUCAAGCGUCCCGGCCCCUCCUCCUUGCCUGGGACACGCCCUCCGUCGCCAUCACCGAAGUCUGAGCUGGAGAAAGCCCUGCAUAGAAGGAGGGAUGCGCUGAAGGCUGAAAAGAAUAAUACGAAUUCCAGUACUGUUCUGGAUCUUCCCCAGAUUAAGCAAACCCAGCCAGAGCCAGGCCAGAACACAAGGGACCAGGACACGCUGCAACACACAACAACCACAGUAUGCACUGAUCAACUCAAGCCUUCAUAGGAGCUCAUAGAUUAAUGAUUGCCUGAUGGGAAGCCACAGUAACUUGUAAUGCUGGUCUCAAAUCUCUCUGUCUCUCUGCGGAUACUGCCAGGAUCCCCUCCACUCCUGCCGAGUGGAAAUAGCUAUUUUUUCACAGAUGUCACCCAUUGUACACUUACAAAAUGCUCUCUGGUCUGCAUCAUGUAAGUUUAAUGUAUUUUGGCUGUGUUUCUCUCUUUAAAAGGUACAAUGUUAGUAAAUUCAAUGUUAGGAUUUCUAUGAAUCAAUUAAGAGGUAAACAAGAUAACGAACAUGUUGCGAGUUGAUUAGGAGCUGAACGUGUCACAUUCUUGUGGUCUGUAGUUUUGCAGCACAGCUGUGGGUUUGUGUUUUCUCUCACUUGUUAACACAAAACAGUCCAUUCACACUCUUUCACACAAACACAUAAACAGACACAAACACUUGUAUGAAGCGGACACUGCUGCCCUUUUGAACAGGCUGGAUAAUUGGCCCCAUUCAGUCACUCUGUGUGUGUGUGUGUGUGUGUGUGUGUGUGUCAGUAUCUGUUGUCUGUAUAUAGAGAACCUGUCUGUGUGGGGGAGAAAAAAGGGGGACGGAGUCCAUUGUCUCAGUUUUCUGAAAUCCCAGAUGCAUUUUACAAUUGAAACAAUAAUAUUAAACACAUUUAUAUACUUAAAUAUGUAA